AUGCUUCUGAAAGGUUUGGCAAACACAUGGUUUCAAAGGCAGGGAAAAAGGUUUCUUGUGGCAUAUGCAAACAUAAAGGACACAACAAGACCACUUACACUCAAGUGCCAAAAUGUCACAAAGAAACAAAAGGUUAUUCAAACACAAAACUCGAUGAAUAUUCAAGUGGGUGGGGAAGAUGAUGUUAUGGGUGAUGCAGUUGAGCCACAAGCUCAGGAAGUUAUGAGGGUAAAUGAAUAUGAGGAAGUGGUGAGGGUUAAUGAAGCUGAGGAAUUGGUACGGGUUAAUGAAGGUGAGGAACUGGGAAGGGUAAAUGAAGUUGUUGGGCAUGUGUAUAGUAGAGGUUAA